AUGAUAGAAGAAAUUACCAAAAGUUUAUUUCCAUAUGAUGCAAAAUUCUUUAAAGGUCUUUUCGAUAAAUAUAUGAAAGAAGAAGAUUAUAGCAAAGAUUUGAAAUGCUUACAAAAUUCUCGAAAGUUAAUAGAAGAAAUAAUUAGUAAGGAAAAUGGAUUAAAUUUUUAUAUCGAUGAAAAUUAUGAUGAAAAUUUUUUGAAGAAAUGCAAGUUACCAUAUUUUAAAAAAUUAUUAAAAUAUAUAAAAUAUAUGGAAGAACAAAAACAAGACGACGUUAAAAAUAAAAAUGUUGAAAAUGAAGAUUUGAUAGAUGAAGAUAAUAAAAAUGAAGAUAUACAAGGGGACAAGAAAACACCCAAAAAAAAUGUAUCCGAUUAUUUUAUAUUUAAUAAAAAAAUUAAUAUGAUAAAUAGUUAUAGGAUACAUUAUUAUUGUUCAAAUAUAAUCCAAUCGAUACCUUCUAUAACAUAUUUAUCUGUUAUAAAAAUAUAUUUACAAAAUUAUCCAUUAAAAAUAUUCUUAACCUGUAUAUAUUUUUACACCUUCGUGACUUACGUAUGUGAUAGAGACAAUGUUAUAGAUUUUUUGGAGGCCCUAUUUUUUUCCUUAAUGGUAACUAUCGGAUGCAUAUGUCUUACUAUUGUACAUUAUUUAAAAGAAAACAGAAUUAACUCCAUAACAUCAAAAUUUAAUCAUAUUAAAAGAAAUUAUAUAUGCCGUAAUUUCAUUAAACAUAAUGUAAAAAACAAAAAAAUGUUAAUGGACAAAUUUGAAAGCAAAAAAACUAUGGAGAUAAAAAAAUAUUCGAAAUACUUUUUUUUGAAGAGCUUCCUGAAUAGAGUUAAUUCUGAACUAUAUGAUUAUGAACAUUUCAAAGAUAAAUCAAAUAUAGAUUAUAUACCCUUUGAGGUAAAUGAAAAUGUUUUUAAUUUUGACUCCGAUAAUUUAAAUAAUGAUGAAUUAGAAAAAGAGAAGACCAAUAAAAAAAAUGAUAAGAACAAUAAUAAAAAUGAUAAAAACAAUAAAAAAAAUGAUAAUACCAAUAAAACAAAAGAUGAGAACAAUAAAAAAAGUGAUAAGACUGGUAUGGAAGGUAAUGAAGAUUUGUUAAUAAAAAAUAUAAAAAUGGAAGAUAAAAAUGAGAUUGUUCAAGAAUAUAACGGAAACAAGGUGAAUGUAGAAAAAAUAUUUUUGGAUAAGGAAAAGAAUACUAAUAAGAUGAAAGGAAAUAUAACUAAUGAAGAGAAAAUAAACGAUGAAGAAAAUAUAAAUGAUAAACGAAAUACAUAUAAAUCAAGAGAUAGUGUAAAUAAUAAUAAUAAUAAUGAUAAGAAAGUAAAUAUUAAUAAUUUUAUUAAAAUGAAUGACAACGAAAAUGUACUAUCAAAGAAUUUAGAUAAAGAUACAUUAAAUAAAGAAUCAAAUAUUAUAAUAUUUAUUGACGAAAGGAAAAAAAACGAUUUACUAAAUUAUAUAUUUUUCGAAAAUAACUUUUAUUUUAUUAAUGGGAAAAAUCUUCUUGUUGGAGAUAUUGUAUAUUUAUUUAAAGGUGACAUAAUACCAGCUGAUGGUAUAUUAUUAAAAAGUAAUAAUAUGAUAGUAGAUGAAUCUAAUUUGAUGAAUACUCUUGAGAAGAAGAAAAAAAGGAAAAUAAGUUUAGAUGAAUAUAUAUAUGAGAUGGAAAAAAUGAAAAAGAAAAAGAUAAGUGUUGAUGAAUUAAAAAAUACAAAAAUGAAUUAUUUUGAAAUGUUAAAUUUAAAAAUGAAGAUGAAAAUAAAAAAGUUCAGUGAAGAUAUUAAUAUAAAAAAAAAUUCUAAUAUAGAAAAGAAUAAUGAUACAUAUAUAAUGAAUGAUAUAGAAAAUAUGGAAAAUGUGAAAAAAAGUAUUGAUAUAUUAUGUGAUUCGAAAAAAGCAUAUAAUGAGGGAAAAGAUGAAAAUAUAAAUAAAAUGACACUACAUAAUAAUAAUAAUAAUAAUAAUAAUAUUAGUUGUGGUAUGUAUGAUAAUAAUAAUUUGUGUGAAAAAUAUGAUGAUGUGUGUCCACUUUUAUUAUCAGAAUCUUCUAUUAUUGAAGGAAGUGGUAUUAUGAUUACAACGUGUGUUGGUAAAUACAAACAAAUGUUUUAUUAUAAUUCUAUCAAAAGAAUAGAGAGUAAUACUAGAAUAGAGAAUUUAAUAAAUAGAUAUUCGAAAAACAUGGUGAUAUUAAUUAUCUUUUCUUGUUCUAUAUGUAUUCUUUUUAUCUUUAUUCAUUUUUUAAUUAAUUUAAUUGAAAAUGAUAUGCAAACGUUUGCAUAUAAUUUAUUAAUGUUUUUAUUAAAUACAAUAAUAUUAGAAAUAUUGAAAUAUCUGUUGCUAUCAAUUGAUCAAAUGCCUUUAUUAUUACAAAAUUGUUUAGCUUUAAAUUCGAGUAACAUAUUGAAAGAGAAUUUUAUGAUAAAUACAAAAAAUACAUUUGAAAAUAUUCUUUUUUCUAAUACAAUAUUUAUUGAUAUAAAUAGAUAUAUAAAAUAUAAAUGUGUAUAUUUUUUUUUUAAUACUCAGUAUACUUAUUCAUUUGUUAAUACCUAUUUUUUAUACGAUACCUUGAGAAAUCCUAGCCCUUCUUUCAAAAUAUUUAACAGGGAUAAUGAUAAACAUAUAAUGAAUAAUUUAUUUUUUCAUCUAUUGAUUGAGUGUAUACUUACAACUAGUAAUAUGUAUCAAUAUAAUGAAUAUUUUUUAGAUAUAGAUAUAUCUUUAAUAAAUUUUAUGAAGAAUUUUCAAAUAAAUGUCGAAGAUUAUUUUGUUAAGCCUCACAAUAUAUUACAACUUAAAUAUGUAAAAGGGAAGGCUGUUUUUGCCUUUGUUCUUUUAAAUGAAGAAAAGGAAAAAAAUUUAUAUAUACAAAAUGGUAAGGUACAUGGAAAACAACCAAAUUAUAAUGAUGUUAAAAGGAAGGUAUGUGAAGGGAAAGUUAUGCGAAUAUUUAUUAAGGGUCAUGUCGAUUUUGUUCUAUCCAAAUGUAAAACAUACCUGGAUGGAGACACACAAAAGGGAGAUAUUGAAAAGUUAAAGGAAAAAGUUAAAAAUAUAAAAGAUGGUGAAGUGGAUACAAUUCUUUGUUUUGCUUACAAAGAUGUGAUUCUAAACGAAAAUAAUAUGGAAGAUGACUUAUAUAUAAAGAAAAGAGAUAAUGAAUAUAACCUUAAAUAUAAAGAGAUAGAUGACAAUAAUUAUACUUGUAUUAGCAUAUUAGUAUUAGAGAAAUAUCUAAGUAAAUAUUUAUAUUUUGAUUAUUCAAUAUUAGAAGCUAAUAAUUUGAAUGCUAAAUUUUUUACAAAGAAUAAUUUGGAAAGUACAAAUAAAUUAUUUGAUAAUUUUGGGAAACAUUUGGAAAGUAUAAAGGCAUAUGAUGCAACAAAAAUAAAUGAAAUAAAAAGUUUUGAUUUAAGUUCUGAUGAGGAUGAGAUAAACAAUUUUAAUAAAAAAGGAGAAAAAGGAAAGGAUAAUGAGGAAAAGAGGAAAGGAAAAGAAGAAAAAGAAGAUGAGCAUUCUGAAGAAGAUAUUAUAUAUUUAAAAAAUGAAUUGAAUGCAACUAAUUUAAUGGAAUAUAAUAAUAUAGAAAGUUAUGAAUUAAGGAAUGAUAAGAAUGAAAUAUCCAAAAAAAAAAAAAAAUUGAAAAGUGAAAUAUGGAAUUUAAGGAAAUAUGAUGAAAGUAGUACUACAAAUUUAUAUAAUGAUAGAUAUACUCAGGAAAAUGAAUGUAAUGAAAUAAGAAGAAAGCAAUAUGAUUUUUUAUUAAGUCAUAAUAUAUUUUAUAAUUGUAAUAAAAAAGAAUUGGAAUGUUUAUUAAGUACAUGUAAUAUGUAUGGUAAAAAUACAUUGGUAAUUAAUGAUGAUAAAUAUAUAUCAACACCAAAUAAAAAUAAUAAUAAAAACAACACCAUGAACAUAAACAAUAAUAAUAAAAAUAAUAAUAAUGAUAAUAAUAAUAGUAGUAGUUGUUGUAGUAGUAGUAGUAGUAGUAAUAUAUAUAAUUGUAGUAGUAUAUUAAUAUGUGAUAAUAAAUGCACAAAUGAUACUAAAGAAAAAUGUGAUAUGGUUAUAUUGAAUAAAAGUUUAUAUGAUUAUAUAAAAUUAAAAUAUAUAUCAAAUUGUAUUUUAAUGAAUAUAAAAUUACAUAUAGAAUAUAAUAUAAUAUUUUAUAUAUCGCUUGUAUUAUUUUCUAUUAUAUCUACUUUAGUAAAUGGUUUGGAAUUCUUAAGUACAGUACACAUCUUAUAUAUAUAUAUAAUUAAGAAUAUAUUUUUCCAUUAUAUUUCUUGUUAUCGUAAAUGUAAUUAUAGUGUAGUUGGUCAUGAUCCAAAUAAUAAAUAUUCUUAUAAUUUUUUUGAAGAAAAGGAUAUCAAUAAUAUUAUAUGUUCUAUAUUAUCUAAAAUAACUAUUUUGUUGGUCGUGUUUUUAUUUGGUCAUUUAUUUAUACCAGAAAAUAAAUGGAUCUUUAUAACCGAUGAAAUUAGAGAGAAUUUUGAAUUUUCUGAAUUUUCAUUUUUAAUAGAUAGACAACAGUCUAAUUAUUUUCACACCGUCCGAUCUAGUUUAAGGUUUAAGAAAAAUUUAGAAAAUCUUAAAAUUCAAAAUAAUAUCGAUAUAAAAAAUGAUUAUAGGACAUUGAAUGAAUGGGAAUAUCAUAUAAGUCCUAGUAGGCAUGGGACCAUCGUAUUUAAUGUCUUCUUUUUGUUAUUUUUCUUUUCAUAUAUUUAUUUAUAUAUAAAAACAUUUUCUAAGGAGUUUCAAAAUUAUUCUCAGCAAUUUAAAAUCGAGAAAUAUAACUAUUUAUAUUUCAUAAAAAAAAAAAAGGAUCACGUUUUUUUAGAGAAGGAUCUUAUGAAAAGAUUGAUGCAUGAUGUGAAGAAAGAAAUUGUAAUAUCUGAUGAAAAAGCAGAUGGAAAUAAAAAACACAAUAAAAUAAAUAAUAAUAAUAAUAAUAAUAAAAUAAAUAAUAAUAGUAAUAUGAAGAAGAAUCAUGAUGAUGAUACAAACAUAUACAAUGAAACCAAUUAUACAAAUAAACAAGAUUCCAAAAUAUUAAAAAAAAUUUCUAGUUCUUUAUAUAAUAUAAAAAAUGAAUUAUAUAAAAAACGUGAAAUGAUAAAUAAUUCCAUAUUUAUGGAAAGUAUUUUUGAGAAUUAUAAAAUAUUUUUUUUAUUUUUAUUUAUUAUGAUUAUCCAUAUUUGUGCUAUUCAAUAUGGAUCUUUUUUUUUCCAUUUUCACGUAAAUGGAUUGACUUUUAUUCAAUGGGUCUUUUGCUUUUUAUGUUGUCUUUUAGAUUUAUUAAUUUAUACAUUUAUAUCUUACUUUGGUUUUUUUCAAGUAUCAUCUGAUUUUUUUAAGAUGUUUCAAUAUUUAUAUGAACCUCGGGAAAAAAAUAUAUUCGAUUCCUUGAAUGAAUAUAGGAAAAGCUCUACUUCACACAGAUAUAAAUAUGACCUCAAAGAGACGAGAAAAAGUUGGGUAUAA